UCCAGCUCCCUCUGCUCGCUCCCAUGUCGCAAUCUUCGCCACCUUGACGGGAGUCCCGGGACCUGCCCACUAGCUCUUGGACAUGGCGGCCCUCACGCGCCCUCUCCUCCUAGCUGCCCUCGGGCCCACCUUUCUUGCCUGCCUUCUAGCCCAGGUGGCCAGGGCUGCAGGCAUUCCCGAGAAAGCUGUUAACUUAACUUGGAAUUCAACUAAUUUCAAGACAAUUUUGAAGUGGGAACCCAAACCCGUCAAUUAUUUCUACACUGUUCAGAUAAGAUCUGGAUCUAAUGACUGGAAAGACAAAUGCAACUUAACUACAGACACUGAGUGUGACAUCACAGAGGAGAUUGUUCAGGAUGUGUACCAGACCUAUGAGGCAAGGGUCCUAUCUGUCCCCCAGAAUAAGACUAAAUGGAAGGAAGUGCUCUUUUCAAAUGCCACAAAGUUUACACCUUACCAAGAGAGUAAGUAGCUUGGUGUGUGAUGUCUUCACUCCUAGCCUGGGCUUCUGCACAUUCUUGAGCUUUGAGAGCCACUACUGGACAUUA